UACAUGUUGCGAUACAUGGGGAUAUUCCCUGAAACAAGAAGAAAACAAGAGAAAAAUGGGCAUCAAAAACUGAACAAUCUACUAAAAAUGGCUGCAAUUAUUAGCCAGGAGCAUCCUCAAGCACUGCAAGGGCUUCAAAUAGACCUAACUAGUGAGAGGUUGCUCUCAGGACAACACCUGCUAGUGCACCCACUGGGGGAGGAAGCUAUCGCUGGUGCCAGUGAGGGAUGUCUGGAGCUACCAAGACUAACCCUUUGUCAAUCAACUAACAUGAAGUGGAAACCUGUAGAGUGCUCAGCUCGUGAUUGCAAGGAUUCUUUAGAACAAUGUGGUGUUAAUUUUAUAUCCGUUGCUGCUGAGGCUGAUAUAAAUGCAAGGCAACUUUACUUGCUGCACGAUGCACCUUUGUGUGCCUCAACACCUGACAUUCACCAGACGAGCGAAUGCAUCAACGAUCAGCUAUCCAACCAGCCUGUGACAACUUUAUACGCAGAACCAAAGACAGAACGCUACAGAAGCUCCAGUCAUGCACACACUUGUCAGUUGAUGUCAAAAUCUCAAGCUGGUUUCAAUCACUCUCGAAGUAAAUCACUCAACUCACAAAGUCCACAGAGUCCAAUUCAUAAACGAAUAGUUUGUGAUUUCGAGAAAGAUUUGACAUUUCGACCACAUCUAAAUGAGUACAGUUUGAAACUGGCCUCUAAAAGCACUCGAAACUCUGUUCCAGUAGUGCACCGGUUGCUAGAGGCUAGGAAGAACUUACCCGACCCCUACGAUCAUAGACUGACCUUUGCACCCAAGCUGAACCCCGUCAGCCUUAAAAUGGCCCAGGAGAGAGCAGCUAAAAUGCCCGAGGUUCAAGCCAGACUAGCUGAACAGGCUAUGGCUCGGAGGGCGGAGGCUUUGUCAGAGUACACCUUCAAACCUCGGGUGUCAGUGCGUAGCCUCAGGAUAGCACGGUCCCUGGGAACCAGCUUCCACUCUCGACAGAAGAUGUACAUGGAGAAAAGACAGAAAAAUAUUGACGAGGCGUACAAGCCACCCCCUGUCAGUAGGAGACUCGUAAAGUCUAAUCACAGAGUCCCUCCCCUCCCCAACUGCCCCUCCCCCAAGAAACUGGCCUCUAAGUCCACCAAAUCAGACCCUGUUCAAGCUACCAGACCCACCAGGCUCUCACUCACUGCACCGUCUCCGGUCUCCAGUACAGGUCCCUCUGAAGAGUGCAGAUCCAAAAGCUCCAGCCCACAGGAGCCCGUGUCCCAGGGCCCAGCCAGCAGUCCUCCUAAGUCAACCAAGCCACUGCGUAAGGUCAAGACGAGCAAGUCCUCCUCGCCCCAACAGCCUGGGGGGGAGUUGUCAGGGGAGCAAGAGAUACUGGAGGGUGCAAAGUUCUCAGCUCUGUGUGAUGGAGAUCGAGUGAAGAGAGUGAAGACCAAAUCAGGGAGAAUUGUCAAGGCUAAGAAAGUGUUCCUUAUAAUGGAUGGUGCCUAUCGUAUGAUUCGUCAUGGGCUGCGUAAGAGGGGGUGGGUGGAGCAGGACUAUCGUAAAGCCACCAGUCCAAAGAAGGCAACCCACAAGUCAGAGGGGGGCGUGGCAUCAGACAACUCUGACUGUGACGAGUUUGAAGAGGAGGAGGAGGUGUAUAGCGAUGAGGACGAGUACUCCAUGAUGUCUAGAGCGUUGCGUAAUGCAGUGCCCAACUUUGUGUGGUCCCUGAAGAGAUACGACCCGGCACACCAUCACCUGAACAAGGACUCACUCAUCAACCACUUUAUCAAGGCCUCCUCCUUCACCACCAAGGUGGGCCUGUGCUCUAACCUGCGUCAACUGGUCUGGUUCGGAGACACGGAUCACCACUCGUUCUUCCCACGCUGCUACAAGCUCUCCUGUGAUGAGGAGAAGGAAACGUUCAUUGAUGACUACAGGAUGACGGCUGCCCUCUGUAUUCUCAAGAUGAUCUCCACCCAGUACACCACCAGUGACGAGGUGGAGCCCCUCUCAUUGACUCUGGGCGAACAUUCACCUGCAAUAUCUCCACAUCGUCCCUUCACUGCCGGGAGUGGUGUGUCCCAUACUGUGACCACACUCGGCCCCAGACUAGUACUGAGUGGAGAGGGACUGGCCCUCGCAACUAGAGCUGCUCGUGUCUACAUCAGCUCCAAACGUCAUGACGAUAUUGAGGGAUCUCAGACUCUGCUGCACCACAGACUGACGGAGACAGAAUGGUGCCUGCUCAUCAAAUACUUCUACAAAAUGGUUUUUGAGAGGGGUGUGGUCAAGAUCACUGACUGCUCUGCCAUCUCAGAGGCCAACGACUUGUUAGACGAAAUUGAGGUGUACUGUCCCCAGUUGCACAUGGAUGGAUCUCGGAACAUCUGGAUAGUGAAGCCGGGGGCGUUGUCCAGGGGGCGUGGCAUCAUGUGUAUGAACAACCUGGAGGACAUCCUCAGCCUCGUCACCAGCUCUGUCAAGAAGGAGGGAAAAUGGGUGGUACAGAAGUACAUAGAGCGGCCACUGCUCAUCUAUGAGACAAAGUUUGAUGUGAGACAAUGGUUCCUCGUCACCGACUGGAACCCACUCACUAUGUGGAUAUACAAGGAUUGCUACAUGAGGUUCUGCACACAGACCUACACACUGGACGACAUGGACGAGAGUGUCCACUUGUGUAACAACAGUAUCCAGCGUAACUAUACCAACAGUACAAGUAGAGCCGAGGCCCUUCCCCCUGACAACAUGUGGGACAGUGCUACCUUCAAAGACUACCUAGAAUCUAUAGGUGAGGGUGACAAGUGGGAGGGGCUCAUCUACCCUGGUAUGAAGCAGGCCCUCGUACACGUGCUGCAGGUCACCCAGGACGAGAUAGAGCACCGGAAGUGUUCAUUUGAGCUGUAUGGGGCAGACUUCAUGAUCACCAGUGACUACCGACCCUGGCUCAUUGAGGUCAACUCCAGCCCUGCCAUGAGCCUGAGCACCUCCGUCACUGCCCGGCUGUGUACCGCCGUACUGGAGGACACUCUGAAAGUUGUGGUUGACAGACGUGAUGAUAAGAACAGUGACACUGGAGGCUUUGAGUUGGCAUACAAACAGGUUAAACUGGAUCAUCCCUCGUAUGUUGGAAUGCAACUGUGGGUCCAAGGUUCGUCCAUCUCCAAACCACGAGACCACACCUUCAUACGCAAGACUGGUACAACCAUCAGUAAACCCUCCAUUCAACCACACCCACCAACCACCUCCCCUAACAAAGCCGACCUUAAAACCAAACAAGAACCAAACACCCCUCCGGACAAAACUGAUAACCUCGUCCAUUUAGCCACCCCCCAUAUCACCAGCUGCACUUUAGAUUUUGUACCCAAGGCCCAUACGCCACUCAAGAGUGCCCGUCGGAGGAUGGCAACUCGACCCAAGCCCCUUACCGAAAGUGGACUGGGUGGUCAUGGUAUGCGACUAGGAGAGAGCAGCGCUAACAAUCUAAGCACUGCAGGAGAGAGGAUGGCAACCCGACCCAGGCCUCCUACCGAGAGUGGACUGGACGAAGUACAACUAGGAGAGAGCAUCCCUAACAAUCUGAGCACUGCAGGAGAGAGGAUGGCAACCCGACCCAGGCCUCCUACCGAGAGUGGACUAGGCGAGGUGCGACUAGGAGAGAGCAUUCCCAACAAUCUGAGCACUGCAGGAGGGAGGAUGGCCGUCAGUACUAGCACUGGAAAUGUCAAUCCUGUCGUGCGGUUCACUAGGAAACCAUUGCCGAACAGAUAACAGGAACUGUAUAAUUUUAUAACUUAAUUGUGUGUGACAUGCUCUUGUGAUACCAACCAUCUCAUUUUUUGGAAAUUCAAUUUUAAUUUUUUAUAACAGUAUCACACUUAA